GCUGGGCAUGGUAGCACAUGCCUGUAUUCCAGCACUAGGGAGGCAGACAAGAUCUCAAGUCUGAGGCCAACCUGGCCUAGGACACAUUUGUAAGUUGCCAUGAUAAAGCCCACUACUUUGUAUGCUAACCUGAAAAAAAGGCAAAAUUCAAAAAGGUUUUAAAACAUUCAGGGCUGGAGAGAUGGCUCAAAGGUUAAGAGAACUUAAGGCUCUUGCAGGGGCCCUGUUGGUCCCCAGCACUCACAUGGAGGCUCACAACUGUGUGCAAUUCUAGGUCCACAGGAUCUGACACCCUUUUCAAUGUACCAACCACAAUAUCCUUGAGCACCAGGCAUGUGCAUGGUGCACAUGUGCACAUGAAAGAAAAUAAAUCUUUAAAAAGGAAAAACAUGAAAUAUUAAAAAGAAAAGAUUUUCUAAUGUAAUUGGCUUAAUUCAAGCAGAAACUGAUUCUUUUCUCUCAGAAGUCCUAGCUAGUUUGCUUUUAAUUAGUUGAGACUGUUCCUCUCAUCUCAUAUUGUAUUAACUAUGGAUAUAAACGUUUUAGUAUAAAGGAAAUAGGCUUGGGGACAUUUCCCAUCAGGGACCUAAUAAAAGGCAUACACUAGACUUAGUCCAGUAACUUGAAGCCAAUUGCAUACUAAUUUGGAGGCAUCGGCUACUCAUCUCUUAUCUUUUUCCGGGUCAGUUUAAGAGCAGAACAAAAUACCAAACAACAACCCUGCACCCAACCCCCACUCCCAGAGUAUCAUCAAUUUCUAUAUUGUAGAGAGUGGGGGAUUUUUAAGCUCUGCCUUCAGGAGAAUUAGGAGACUGACUGAGUAGCUACUUAGAGGGAAAGGACAAUGAUAAACAGCUAGGGUCAGGAGUUGGAAUUGCAAGGACCAAGGCAUGCAAUGCUCACUUUCCAACCUCCUGUAAACAUUCUCCCCACACCGGCUGCUUUCAGAAGGAUGUCAGAAUUAGAUAAACCUGUGUGAAUAAACGCAGCAAGAAAUGCACACCUGAAAUAAGCCAUACAUAUUAUCAUGUUUGAGGUUCGGAAGGUUUAAUACCAGCGCCUGGUGGAGAUACAAUGAUCUGGACUCCCUCCCCCUUCAGUCUGUCAGAACUAUGGGAGGUACCCGAUGCUUUCCCAAACCCUUCCUUGCUUCCCAGCUUGUUUUUUGGUUCUUGGUUAAAACUGCAUCACCGACUUUCCUCUGUUCCCACACAUCAAGUCUGCCUGUAGAGCAUUAAUAAGCAGGCUGCAUAAAAUCCAUGGGCCCCAACAGCGCCUAACUCCAAUAAGUAAGGAAAGGAGCGGCUUGCAAUUAUUCCAUCUUUUAGUUAGGAUUGGCUGAGCCAAAUUUGUGAGUGAACACAAAAAUUAAUUCAGGUAAAAUAAAACAAGUCAAUAACCUUAGCAACGAUUAUUGUUCAACAAGACCUGGCUUUUUAAUAUUAAAGUAUGGCAGCAAGAUAAUUCGGCCCAAGUUCUCAGAAAUUCAAUAGUGUGUUUGCCUGGGUUGACCUAAUAUUCGACUGGUCAAAAUCUCAGCGUUAAAGGAUAUUAACCCCUGAGUUCCCAGGCCUUACAAGAUAACUCUUGUCCUCGGGACGCCGAAUUCCGCGUUGUGUUUUACGAAUCCAAAUUUUCACUUAGACCCGGACCUAGAUUUCCCUUGGCAAACACCUGCUUUGCAUAUAGCACUUCGCAAGUGUUCGGAACAGGCCGUGCAACAGGUACAGCGCUGCAAACCAGGCAAGAGCACCCCAAACUCAUCUCUCUGGCCUUUUCUUACUCAGAGACUCUGCUCCCAUGGGGGUUUACACAAGCGUUGCAUCAAAAUUCGGUGAGUACUCUUACUUAUACCUAUUUCUGGGGAAACAAAAACAAAAACCAAACAGCUCACAUAUUUAUAUACAUUCCGGAAGUCUAUCCGUAAUUACAGUUAGCUCCUCCUCCUGGCAUUUCACUGAUGGUACUGGGAGAGUAAGGCGGCUAACCAACCGCUCACACAGACAGCACCGCACUCGGUGGCUGAUCCGAUUUUUAAUCCCAUCUGCACGGCUCCCCUGCUGGUUAGUGGUGAAGCCGAGUGAAAAUACAGUGCCGCGCGCGUGUGUGUAGUGAAAAAUACAGUGUCGUCUGUGUGUAUGUGUGCGUCUCUCAUUCUGCGGCCACGCCAAGUCCUCCCUGGUGUGUGAUGCCUAAGCGAUUCGACCUAUGGAAACAGUGUCCUUAAGGUGGUUUGGGGUCGGGGGACAGGGCGGGGCGCAGUCUUGUCACCUUCUCCCUAAACCAAACUCUAAGGCGCGCGGGGAGGGGAGCCGACCCUGCGAGCCACCCUGGAGCUGGGGGGAGGGGACCGCAUGCGAGGCGGGAAUCGGCAUUUAAAAACCGAGGGCAGGGGGCGCACCGCCUACCUCCGCGGUCGGCCCCGGUACUCCGGGAGCCUGGCGGCGACCGGAGCACAACCGUGGCCGCGGGGCGCUCGGCGGGAAGUCGCCGCGCAUGCCCGGAGCCGCGCCCGCUGCACCCUGGGUCGCUUUAGUUCUCUCAGGCCUCACUCGGCCAGCAGCGCCCAGGGGCCGCUCGCUGCUGUCUUGGAGGCUCGCGAGGGAGGCGCUGGAUCCGCCAGAUGGAGGCAAGAAACUUUAAAGGAAAUUGAUGAUGUCUAUGAAAAAUAUAAGAAAGAAGAUGAUUCAAACCAGAAAAAACGCCUACAGCAGCAUCUCCAGAGAGCAUUAAUCAAUAGCCAAGAAUUGGGAGAUGAAAAGAUUCAGAUUGUCACACAGAUGCUGGAAUUGGUGGAAAACCGAGCCAGACAAAUGGAGCUGCAUUCACAGUGUUUCCAGGAUCCUGCUGAAAGUGAGCGGGCCUCAGACAAAUCCAAGAUGGAUUCCAGUCAACCCGAAAGAUCUUCCAGAAGACCUCGAAGACAGCGGACCAGUGAGAGCCGUGAUUUAUGUCACAUGACAAACGGGAUUGAUGACUGCGAUGAUCAGCCACCGAAAGAAAAGAAAUCCAAAUCCGCCAAGAAGAAAAAGCGCUCCAAGGCCAAGCAGGAGAGGGAAGCGUCACCUGUUGAGUUUGCCAUAGAUCCCAACGAGCCCACCUACUGCUUAUGUAACCAAGUGUCUUACGGGGAGAUGAUAGGCUGUGACAAUGAACAGUGUCCCAUUGAGUGGUUUCACUUUUCCUGCGUUUCACUCACCUAUAAACCAAAGGGGAAAUGGUAUUGCCCAAAGUGCAGGGGAGACAGUGAGAAAACCAUGGACAAAAGUACUGAAAAGACAAGAAAGGAGAGAAGAGCGAGGUAGUGAAGGCCAUCCGGUUUUAAAGGGUUCUUUGUCUUUUAUAUAAUUGCUUUACUUUCAGAAAAUGUUUUAGGGUAAAUGCAUAAGACUAUGCAAUAAUUUUUAAUCAUUAGUAUUGAUGGUGUAUUAAAAGUUGUUGUACUUUG